CUGUCAAUCGUGGUGGUGGUCUUACAUAUUCAACUCAACAAUCUUUCAAAUCACACACACAAACAUUUGGACUCUUUGAAAUUGCCGUCGGUCGCAUAUCCGAUAUUCUUUCUCUUGAAAUCUCUCCAAUAUCUAUAUCUAUUCUAUUGUGUGUGUGUGAGAGAGAGAGAGAAAAUGGAAAACGAGAAGAAAUCGUCGUCGCCGGUAUCGGAUGUAGGAGCAUGGGCGAUGAAUGUAAUCAGCUCCGUCGGUAUUAUUAUGGCUAAUAAACAACUCAUGUCCGCCAACGGCUAUUCCUUUACUUUCGCUACGACAUUAACGGGAUUUCACUUUGCUGUAACUGCACUGGUCGGGUUUGUGUCAAAUUCUAGUGGAUACACUACAUCAAAGCAUGUGCCUUUGUGGGAACUUCUCUGGUUUUCAAUUGUUGCAAAUAUGUCGAUUACAGGGAUGAACCUCAGUCUUAUGUUGAAUUCAGUUGGAUUUUACCAAAUUUCUAAACUGAGCAUGAUUCCAGUGGUUUGUGUGAUGGAGUGGAUUCUUCAUAGUAAGCGUUAUUCAAAGGAAGUCAAAGUGGCUGUUGUGGUUGUGGUUAUAGGCGUUGGUGUUUGCACCGUGACUGAUGUCAAGGUUAAUGCCAAAGGUUUUAUAUGUGCGUGUGUAGCAGUGUUGGCAACAUCAUUGCAACAAAUUUCUAUAGGCUCUUUGCAGAAGAAGUAUUCUGUCGGAGCUUUUGAAUUGUUGAGUAAAACAGCUCCUAUUCAGGCCGUCUCGCUUCUUGUAUUUGGUCCUUUCAUCGACUAUUAUCUAAGCGGAAGACUCAUUACAAACUACAUGAAGACCAUAUCUUCUGGGGCAAUUGUUUUCAUACUCAUUUCAUGCUCAUUAGCGGUUUUCUGCAACAUUAGCCAAUAUCUAUGCAUUGGAAGAUUUUCUGCUGUUUCAUUCCAGGUUUUAGGUCACAUGAAAACAGUAGCUGUGUUGACCUUGGGAUGGCUAUUAUUUGACUCAGAGUUGACCUUCAAGAAUAUUCUCGGAAUGCUUGUUGCCGUUGCUGGCAUGGUAAUCUAUAGUUGGGCAGUAGAGGUUGAAAAGGCCAGUAACAAGACCUUACCCCAUACUAAGCACAGUUUGACAGAAGAAGAAUUAAAUUUAUUGAAGGAUGGAUUGGAGAAAGGUACAAUUAGGAAUCAGGAGCUUGGUGAAUCUAAAUAGAAAGAUUCGAAACUCUCAUUAGAAAUCAUAUUUUUACUGUUCUUUCAAUGUGUUAUUAUGUUUGUUUUUUUUUUUUACCCCUAUGCCCUUCAUUAAUGUGCAUUCAAAGAUCAAAUGUCAAAGGUGAGGAAUUGGUUCUCCAUAGAUUUUUAUGUAGCUCAUGCUAAUGGCUUAUGCAGUUAUAGAAAUUCUUAUGUCAAGUCAAUAGAUUUUAUUAUUUAUAUGAAGCAGUUGUUUGGUUUUCUC